CAUUAGUUAGACAGACCGCCUUACAGCUUAAAUUCCAAACCGAAGAACAUCUUCUCCUCAACCAAAGUCUGAUUUGAGUUUUGAUUCUCAAAGCAACUGUAGUUGUAGGAGUAAAAGAAUGGCGAAUUUAAGAAGGGCACUUCUCUUCACCAUUCCUCGGAUCCUCAAUUCCUCUAACAGGUCAUCUGUUGCAACCUCCACGCUCCCAUCUCAUAAUCUUUACAGGCCUUUGGCUGGAACAUUUUCGCGUUUCCUUUCUUCCAACGAGGCUUUAUCGCAGAAUAAUAUCGAUCUCUCCAAUGAAGAGAGCAAAAGACGUUUAUUUAACAGGCUUAUUUACCGUAGUAAACAAAGAGGGUAUUUGGAGCUGGACCUUGUUCUGGGCAAAUGGGUGGAGGAACAUAUACAAUCCAUGGACGAAAAUGGAAUUAAGUCCCUUGUUCAUGUCCUUGACCUGGAGAAUCCGGAUUUGUGGAAGUGGCUGACUGGUCAGGAGCAACCCCCAGAUGCAAUAAGCACUAAUCCAGUGUUUUCUGCUGUGCGUGAAAAGGUUAUGAACAACCUUGACAAGCAUGCUUCUCCUGAGACUCGGGCUGUUCCAGGAAAACCUUGGGUUAGAGGAUGGGAUGAUAUCAAGAGAGGUCGAGAUGCGCCUAUUGCUGGAAAUCAGUAGAUCCCUUUUUCUGCUGGGAGGUGUCAAAGAACAUCUAAUCUAUAGUUUUGUAAAGGAACUUGAUUAAUUUCUAUGCAUGUGUAUGAAUAUAUAUAGCAUCUUAUAUCUGUUGCAAUAAGGCCUCAGUAAUGUGCUGAUAGAUGCUGUGUGUGUUGACCUCGAUUACUUUUUUGUUUAUGUUCCAAUAAAAGAAAUUGGAGAGCAUUCUUCUUCUUU